AUGGAGUACGGCUUCUACACUGUAGAGUCUGUUGCGUACGCGCCGAAGAAGAACAUUCUUGCUGUCAAGGGCAUAAGCGAGGGCAAGGCGGAGAAAAUCAUGACGGAGUGCGCCAAGUUAGUUCCGAUGGGCUUCACCUCUGCCGUGGUGUACCACGAGGCGCGAAAGGAGAUCAUCAUGGUGACAACCGGCAGUCGCGAAGUAGACAAACUUCUAGGCGGUGGCAUUGAAACCGGCAGCAUCACCGAAUUGUUUGGCGAGUUCCGCACGGGAAAGACGCAGUUGUGCCACACCCUCUGUGUCACGUGCCAGUUGCCUAUCUCACAGGGCGGAGCAGAGGGAAUGGCGCUCUACAUCGACACGGAAGGCACUUUCCGCCCAGAGCGACUGGUUGCCGUGGCAGAGCGCUACAAGCUCGAUCCACAGGACGUUCUCGCCAACGUUGCAUGUGCACGUGCUUUUAACACAGAUCACCAACAGCAGUUGUUGUUGCAGGCAUCGGCCAUGAUGGCUGAAAACCGCUUCGCCAUCAUCAUUGUCGACUCCGCUACGGCGCUCUACCGCACUGACUACAGUGGCCGUAAUGAACUUGCGGCCCGGCAGAUGCACCUUGGCAAGUUUCUUCGUUCGCUUCAUAAUCUCGCCGAGGAGUACGGCGUGGCCGUGGUCGUCACCAAUCAGGUCGUCGCCAAUGUGGACGGUUCGGCGCAGAUGUUCCAGGCGGACGCCAAGAAGCCUAUCGGUGGCCACAUCAUGGCGCACGCGUCCACCACACGGCUGAGCCUCCGCAAAGGGAGAGGCGAGCAGCGUAUCAUAAAAGUAUACGAUUCGCCCUGUCUAGCCGAAGCUGAAGCGAUUUUUGGCAUUUACGAGGACGGUGUCGGCGAUGCUAGAGAUUAA